GUGUUAUGGCAAAUGGCAACACAGCCGAGGCAGAGACAUCAUCAACGCCAGGAGGGAGAGGCGCUAGCGGGCCUUUAUUGCACAGAUUGACGCCAUUUACCCCUAAUUAAAGAUGUCGGUUGGGAAGAUUAUAUUAAAAUCGACCACCAGGAUGUCCCUGAACGACCGAUUCACCGUGCUGCGUCAGGAGAAGCCCAUGAGCCAGGGUCAGGGUGCCCCAGGGUUGGAGGAGAGGCGGCAGCAGGCGCAGGCAUCCAGGCGGAAUCAGCGACUGGCGGCGCAGAUGGAGCGACGCCCUGCUGUUGUGGCAGCCUUGAAGCUGAAGAAGCAAAAUGUGGAGCAGCGUCUGAAUGGCCAAAGACCCAUCUCUGUGAAGCAGCGCUUGGCCGUACAGGGACGCCUCAGUGUACCCAAUGAUGGCAGCAUGGGCUCCAUUGGCAUGAGGGGGCGUGGAUCCCUCCGUGGCUUGCGAGGAUCCUCCACCUUCAGGGGAGCCACAUUCCGGGGAGUCAGCUACAGAGGAGUCACUUACAGAGGAGCCCCAGCCUUCAGGGGAAGCAGAGGAGUUUUUGGAUUAAGAGGUAGAGGAGCAAGCAGUGUACGUGGCUUAGGCCUGCGAGGAGCCAGAGGAGCAAAGUUUCUGCGUGGCCGCGGAGCACGAGGUAUCCAGGGAGGCCGUGGCAUGAUGAGAGGAAGCCUUCGUGGACGGAACUUUACUGGACUGCAAGGGAGAGGCGGUUUCAGGGGUAGAGGACGUGGUGGUCGCACAGGCAGAGGAGGAAGAGGCAGCCGAGGGGGGCGUGCAGCAGCUAAUGGCAAGGCUCCUGAAAACUGCACUCGAGAAGAGUUGGACCAGCAACUGGACGAGUACAUGAGCAAGACCAAGAAUGCCCUCGACACAGAGCUGGACCAGUACAUGAAGGAUGCACCAGCCUAAGGGAGACGAGGCCUUUGUCAUAGUAAAUCUUGUAAGACUGUGAUGGAACACAGCAGUUUUGUAACAUAUUGUGAAUGACCUUUUGAGUUUUUCAUAUGAACUAUUUACCUUCAGAGAUUAAGUUCUCUAAUUAUUUUGUCACUAAAAAUGAUCAUAGGGAAGCCACAACAGGCAUAAUAUUAUUAACAAUGUCAGCAUUGUUUCUGUGCAGAUAAGCAGUAACCUUUAAGUUUUCUCUCUUCAUGUAAAUCAAAUUUACUGUUAAAAAUGGGAACCAAUUAUAUCUGUAGAAGUGAUUAAUUUGUCCCACCCUGCCUUAGCAGGGAAGUUUUGAUUAUUAGCUUCUAUAAAAUACCUUUAAUGUAUGCACAUUGCAGCAUACUGGUAAAGUAGAUGCAUUCUAAAGUUCACAUCAAUAGGAAUUUAAUGACACAAGCAGUGUUGUAACGCUGAUGAUUCUUGAGUGCAGUGCUGUAAAAAUUGACCAACCAAAGACGCAGAUGUAAUGUGGCAUUACUUGCAUGCAAAUGCUGUUGGCUGCAACCUGUAAACCUUUUUCUAUAUUUUAUAACUUGUUAAGGUAAUGAGGUAGUCGUUGUGAGAAACCAGUAUAAAACUGUGCUGAAAGUACUGUACAGUUUUGAUUUGUGUCUAGUAGAAUGUUGACAAAACCAGCAUGCCUGAGCUACCUUUUCAUACACUCCAUUUUUCUCAUAAGGUGCAAUCUGUGGGUUUUCUAGGAAAAUCUUUUCUCUGUCACACAAAGAUGUGAAACUUGGGUUAUGAAAAUUUAUUAUGAUUAUUUCAUUAAAACUCUCACAAGGUGAGGCCCAAUAUCAGUAAUUCUGCUUUAUUUUAUUUUGAAUGUUAAUUUAUCGGUGUAGGAUAAUCAUAGACAAAUAUGAUUAGAAAUUAUGCACUUUGGAAAUGCAGAGGAAUGUUUUACACUGUGAAUGUAGUAUAUUAUAUAUUUUUCUUUUUAGUGUGUGUGUGUGUGCGUGUGUGUAACAUCUUUUGCAAUCCUUGAAACAUUUUGGUCUGUUAUUGUUAUUGAGAUACUGAGAUAAAAUUAGAAUGUAAAUAGUGAAUUGGCCAUUAUCAAAAAAAAAUAGUCCAUCAUUUGUCACCCAGUGGGGUUCAGAAAUGUGAUUUAUUUAUAUAUCUGUAGAAUGCCAUUGGGUUGUAUUUAUUUAGGUCAAGAUGUAAAUGAUCCAUUGUCAGGAUAUGACAUUUAAUAUAUGAAAAUUCCAUUUUCUAUUUGUAAUUUUCAUUUUUAAGUAAGUGGAAAUUUGGGAAUUUAUUAAAUUGUAUGUACAAACAAUGUUAAAAAUGUAAUUUAUUAGAAGAAAGGUUUGAUUCAGCAUACCUUUUUCUAAUAUCACCGUAAGUUUUCUUAUGUAUGUGGAUGAUGCAGUCCUGGGGCCUGACUCAUCAAAUCAUUUACGAGACCUCUCGUUGUUAAAUUCUGGUAACUCCAUCCAAUGGCAAGGAUCUUUUGCCACCUAAACACCUGAAGGGUUCGAAGUGGAUGGGGUUACCAGAAGACUUGCCAUUGAAAAUAGUUUGAUGACUCCAGUUCCCAUUCUGUAUGCUGUGUCUCAGGGGGGUGCAAAAGGUUAAAAUGGAAAUUUAUAUUUUUGCGUGUGAGUAAUUGGAGUAAGUCAGUAAUGUUUAAAUGUGAAAGGAAUCAGAAACAACCCAGUUUGCUGAGAAUAAAAUACUUUAAUUUCAA